UGUGUCAGCAUCUACGACCCCUUCACAUGUGGUUUUCCUAGCCACAUCCCCUUCAGUAGAACAAACAUACUGCUCUAACUUUCUGAGGUGCUGACUAAAUUUUGCAGCACUACUGUUUUCGUUAUGGAAGCCACGCGUUUAUGGCUGCUCGCCGCCGUUAUUUGCGGAGCAUGGCUGUGUCUCUGCUCGUGUCAGGAGGAGUCUGAUGCAUACCCUGGCUGGCAAGCAAACAAGUUCGGAGUGGCGGGGAUCAAUCCUGCAGUCGCCGAAGGCAACCUCACAGAACCGCGAGUCACCGUUCUGGCGUGGAAACCAAGGGCGUUUCUCUACCACAACUUCCUGACGCCAGAAGAAUGCGACCACAUCAUCGCGCUGGCUCGGCCGCGCCUGGAGCGGUCGGAGGUGGUGGCUCGGGAGGGCGAGGGUACGAACGUGGAUGACGUGCGCACGAGCUUUGGGACGUUUCUGGACUACCAGCAGGAUGACGUCAUCAAGGCCAUUGAGCAGCGCAUUGCCACCUGGACCUUCCUCCCUGUCGAGAACCAGGAGGCCAUGCAAGUGCUGCGUUAUCAGGAGGGGCAGAAGUACGAGGCACACCACGACUUCUUUGAGAAGGAGGGGCAGCAAGGGGGGCACCGCUACGCCACGGUGCUCAUGUACCUCACCGAGGGCAUGAUGGGCGGUGAAACCGUGUUUCCGGAUUCUAAGGACACUGUUGAAAAAGAUGACACCUGGUCAGAGUGCGGCAAGCAGGGCGUGGCAGCGAAGCCGUUAAAGGGCGAUGCCCUUCUCUUCUUCUCCCUCACUCCGUCUGCCGAACCCGACCUCAAAUCUCUUCACGCGGGCUGCCCGGUAAUUUCCGGCGAAAAAUGGUCUGCCACAAAAUGGAUCCAUGUGGGUGCUUUCUACACCCCGUCUGGAGCCCCGGCGAUAUCUCCCCCUUCGGACGGGGCUUGUGAGGACAAGGCUCAGCACUGCGUGCAUUGGUCGAAUCAGGGCGAAUGUGCGAAGAACCAGGAGUACAUGCAUGCUAAUUGUGCCAAGACAUGCGGUCUGUGCGCGUUAUGAAAACAUGUGAGGCAUCGAAUGUCCCUAUUUGGAGCACUGAUGAAGUGUUGUGUACACUUCAAAACGUGAUGGUCGUGAUUAGUGCACUGUAUACAGUGCAAUACUGUAGUACUAGUACAGCUUGCAUCGUGCGAGGAAAUUUACAUUCCUUAGCGAGCUACACCAUUGCCGCAUACAUACACCGACAACCGCCCUAGCUUCGGUCCGAACACGUCGCACCAAACCAUUCCGCGUCACUCUGGAGCGCUCCGCGUCCUCGGAUGCCUUCUCCGAACCUGAUCAAUGACGCUAAUAGUAUGAUUGCUCUGGUGUUCCUAUAUCUUGCUUUGUCAUU